AUGGCAACCACAACCUCUCCCUCCAACAAACGGCCAAAAGUCAUCCUCUUUGACAUUGGCGGCGUGUGUGUAAUCUCCCCCUUCCAAUCCAUCCUCGACUACGAACUCAGCCUGGGCAUUCCCCCAGGCUGGAUCAACUACUCCAUCUCGCGCACGGCCCCCUCGGGCUUCUGGCACCGGCUCGAAACGGGCGCCAUCCCCAUGGACGCGGCCUUCUUUGCGGGCUUCAACCGCGACCUGCACGACCCGGCCCGCUGGGAAGCCUUCUACCGGGCCCAGCAAGCCCGCAACCCAGCCCUCCCCAAAACCGUCCCACCCCUCCCCAAACUCGACGGUGAAUGGCUCUUCUUCGACAUGAUGUCGUCGGCGCGCGCCCCCGACCCCUGGAUGUUCCCGGCCCUGAAGGCCCUCAAGGCCAGCGGGCGGUAUGUGGUGGCCGCGCUCAGCAACACGGUUAUCUUCCCGCCCGACCACGAGUACUCGCGCGGGGAUUUCUUUGAGGAUCCGCUCCGGAGCUUGUUUGAUGUGUUUGUGUCGUCGGCGCAUGUCGGGCUGCGGAAGCCGGACCCGGAGAUUUAUCGGCUGGCGCUGCGGAGGGUGGAUGAGUUUGCGAGGGCGAAUGCGGAUUCGGAGAGGGGGAGGGCGUUGGGGUGGGCGGAGGGUGUGCAGGCGGGGGAGGUGGUGUUUUUGGAUGAUAUUGGGGAGAAUUUGAAGGCGGCUAAGGCGGCUGGGUUUGGGACCAUCCGGGUGCCGCUGGGGAGGGCAUAUGAGGCGGUCGAGGCGCUGGAGGGGGUGACGGGGUUGGCGUUGGCGGGUGACCACCCCAAGGUGCCUAUUAAGCCGAAUUAUAAGGGGAGCAAGGCUAAGAUUUGA